UACAUAAAAUGGGGAUGCCUCUUUAAGGAAACAGACGUUAAGGGAGCUAGGUAGUCUAUCUAGCCAAUAGGAAGUUAAGUUUCCAGUGUCUAUCCACCAAUGAGAAUGCAGACUGCCCCUGUAGGUCCCGCCCUGCUUUCCCAUGUAUGUAGCAAUAUAGGGUGAGCGAGAGAGAUCGGACACGAGGACGAGACUGCUGAGCUGUGCAGCGUCAGAGUCUGUGUUAAGACUGUUAUAGUAUUACACACAAAUGAAAAACGAAGCUUUUUGCAAUUGGAAUUGCUGUUCAUUAUCCAAGUUCUAAUUUGGAAUUAGUUGAGGUGAGUUAAAAGGCUAAACUUUAUUUUUUCUGCCGAGCAUUAGAGCUACUUUGUUAGCCUUGCUAGCGCUUAUGGCUAGUAGUUUCAUAUAAGUUCAUUCCGCUCUCUGUUCAGCUGAAGUGUCCCACCUGUCUGGACUCGAGGCCAUCAUAUUGUUGUCCCAAACUGAUUGAGAUUGAGUGAGAUUGAGAUCGGUCAGGUUUUUUUUUCCGCUGGAUCGUUCCUGAGGUGGAUUCCUCAAGAGACUGAUGGCGAGCCUUCCCACCUGGACUUAGAAAAGGAACUGGCUUCCUCCUUUUGCAUUUGGAGUUCUGCUGCACCCUGCGGUGUGGUAGGCCUGUGUCACUCAAAUCUUCACGCAGAGUUUGUUAUGCACGAGACUACUUACUGACUUUUUUCCAUUUUUUUCGUUUCAUUCUGGGACUUUGGACAUAAAUUUUAUUUUGGACGUAGUAACAAACUACUGUGUAGGACACUCUCCUCACGUGACUGAUGUUGAGUCCAAUCUGAAUGUGAACUGAAUUCGAAUAAUCUGUGAUCCAUUAAGGUUCAGAAUUUAGAUUAACAGGGUGCACCCAAAAUAGAUAAAACCAGAGAAGUAGAACUUGGCCAAGUGUUCAUAUUAUUUUAUGUAUUUUAUUGUGUUGAAUUUAUUUUCAUAAUUGUUUGUCUUGUACAACUGUUUGUUAAUUUGAUGGUUUAUCUCACUAAAGCAAUCGUUUGUUAAACCAUCCAACUGCAUCCGUUGUCAUUUAAACACCCUCACUGUGCUCCGAUAGCCGAACCUAUUGGCCCAUUUAUCUAAAAUACAUAGGACUCUUCUCUACUGUGUUACAUAGGAUCUUAUGGCGAGCCAGCCAGGAGCAUGAGUGUGUGUGUUUAAAUGUCAGACAUCUUACAAGUAUUGUUAGAUCGUGCCAAGUACUUCUAAAAAAAAAAAAAAAAAAAAAAAAAAAUGGAUGUGGUACUCCGGGAGUCCAUCCAAAUUCCCCAUUCUGUGGUUGUUAGUGGUUUAACAGGGUCAGAGACAGAUGAGGAAGUGUCAACCUUUCUCCAGAAGUAUGGUUCCAUUAACCGUUACAUUCGCUUAGAUGAUCCUAAAUCAGAUUACCAUAAAGACAUGAUUAUUGAGUUUGCACAUGAAACUGCCAUGCAGACAUUGGAGCCAUUGUUGCCUCUUCAGCUUCCAAGCACGACUCAAGCAGGCAUUGUGUAUGAGUUGAAGGCUUUAGGAAGUGUUUACACCAUAGAUGCCAGAAGCAAAGCUACUAAAAUGUACAUGGAACAGCUCUCUGAAAUUGCCAGGCUGAGUGGAAAUUCAUUAGGAGAAAUGUUGAAGGAGGAACUUAAAAAUCUGGUUUCAUCUGCAGAAAGUGCCUUUGCACAAUCACCUCAGACUGAUACAGAAUCCUCAGCUCCACAGAGUCCAACCCCACAAAAAGACUCAACCAGCCAAAGAGAUAUCCCAUCUUCUGAAACCCCUCAGUCAGUAAUGCCUACUAACUCCACGAUUUUGACACCAGCAAAUGAUCAAAGUAAGCCUCUCACCCCUUCCAUUUUGAGUAAAAACCUGAUCGAUCUCAACCCCCCACAGACUUUUGCUGCCUCAUCUGAAUCCUCUGCUACGCCCCUAAUCGAUGUCAAUCCACCUGCAGUUCAGCGAGUGGUGGUUGAGCAUGUGGUGCGCAGCAAUGAUAACUCACCCCAGUUCACCUCACCCAGUAGACUCAGAGCUUUUUCUGGCAAGAGUCCACGUCCGAGCCAUGAAGCAGAUUAUGAUACAUGGCGUGCAAGUGUUGAGAUUCUUAUCAGAGAUCCAUCUGUGCCAGACUUGCAUUGCACACAUCGUAUAUUGGACAGUCUUCUUCCUCCUGCUUCUGAAAUGAUCAAACAUUUGAGCCCACAGUCUAGUCCCUCAACUUAUCUUAAAUUGCUUGACUCCGCUUACGGGACAGUUGAAGACGGUGACGAGCUUUAUGCUAGGUUCAUGAGCACGUUCCAGAAUGAUGGAGAGUUACCUUCUGUUUUCCUGCAGAGACUGCACACUGCCUUAAGCAAAACAAUGAGACGUGGUGGUGUUUCCGCUCCUGAGUUUGACCAACAGCUUUUAAAGCAGUUCUGCAGAGGCUGUUGGGAGAACGCUUUAAUAGCUGAUUUUCAGUUAGAACAAAAGAAAGAAAACCCUCCUACUUUUGCAGAAUUGUUGCUCCUUCUUAGAACAGAAGAAGAUAAACAGGCUGCAAAAAUGUCUCGCAUGCGACAGCAUUUCAGCCAUGCUAAGUCUGGCCAUGGCAAGCAGCGUGCCAUGUCACAAGUGCAUCUUGCACAUGACACAAAUGAAUUGAUAAAUAAGACUGAUCUUGAGGUGCUCAAGCAACAAAUUGCUGACCUCAGCAUUCAGGUGAAGAGCAUUGUGUCAGAGAGUCAAAAGCCAAAACAACCUAAGCAACAAAAAGCAAAGUCUGUUCCUCUAUGCGUCACACAUGAAGCCCAUGUUGUGAAAGCAAAAACAAGCCGUGAGCAUUCUACCACACUUAAAGCAAAUGGCAGACCGCGUCCCUGGUACUGUUUCCAGUGUGGAGAGGAUGGCCAUGUUGUUUCAGUCUGUGAUAAAGCACCGAAUCCUUCCCUUGUAGCAGCUAAGAAAAAACAGCUGAGAGAAAAGCAGGCUGCUUGGGAAGCCUUUAAUGCUCCUCAAAGUGAGACACAUUUAAACUAGUCUCUGCUUCCAUAGAGGGACAUAUGGGAGCGAAGUUACAAAACUGCAGUCCCAAAACCAUGAAAUCUGUUAUCAAGUGUGUUGAGGUAGAAGGGUUAAAAUUGCCACAUGGCCUUGUGGGAACUAAAACCACAGCUCAAGUAUGUAUCGCAGGGAAAGACACAAACUGUCUUCUGGACACAGGUUCACAAGUCACAACUGUGCCCCAGUCCUUUUAUGAAGAACACCUUUCUGAUCUUACCAUUCAUUCUUUAAAUGAUUUGCUUCAAGUGGA